AUGAAUAGGAUGGGACAGAGUUAAUCAAAUGCAUUAUCUACAGCUAAUUUCAGUGAAGAAGAAAAGCAAUCAAUCAUUAAGUACAUUGACGAACUAAAAUACGCUGACAAAAGAGACAAUGCUUUGAUUGAGUUGAGCAGGCAAAGAGAACAUUUCGCUGAAUUAGCUCCUUUUAUCUGGCAUUCAGUUGGAACCAUAGCUGCUUUGCUCUAGGAAAUCGUGGCGGUGUAUCCAUAAUUAUCUCCCCCAAACUUAGAUACAAGAACGUCAAAUAAAGCGUGCAAUGUCUUAGCUCUUCUUCAAUGCGUCGCUUCUCACAAAGAAACUAGAUAACUCUUCCUUAAAGCUCACAUUCCCUUGUUCCUAUAUCCUUUCCUUAACACUGUGAGCAAGGGGAGACCCUUUGAAUACUUAAGGUUAACAUCACUUGGUGUUAUUGGUGCUUUGGUAAAAAUGGAUGAUUCUGAUGUCAUAAGUUUCCUCCUUCAGACAGAAAUUAUACCUCUCUGUCUUAGAAUUAUGGAAAGGGGCACUGAGUUGUCACAGACUGUUGCAACCUUCAUCAUUUAAAAGAUACUAUUAGAUGAACAAGGAUUGAAUUACCUAUGCUAAACUGCUGAAAGAUUCUUUGCAGUGAGUACAGUUCUCAACAACAUGGUGCAAGGUCAGACUGAGAAGUCAUCAUCGAGAUUGUUGAAGCAUAUCAUCAGAUGUUACAACAGACUUGCUGAGAACCCCCGGGCAAGAAUUGCUCUAAAGCAAAACAUUCCGCUAAUUGUGAAAGAAUCAAGACUUUUAGAUUCAUUGGAUGAAUCUUCAAAGAAAUGUCUCAGGAGUUUCAAUGACGCCAUAUUCAGCAGCGAAAACGAUGCCCAAAAUCUCAAUGAAAACAAUGCAUUUAUUUCUCAGCAACAAACUAUUGAUACAUUCAGUGCUUACUCUAAAACCAGCGAUCUUUCCAGUUUAGAAAACUUCAGAAACAAGACUCCAGUUCAAGACAUUGGGGCUAUGAAUAAUAUGAAUUUCAAAAUCCAAAAUGCUAGUUUUGUUCCCCAAGGCUUGCCUCAAUAGGUUCUUUAGCAAACACAACCCUAGUAGCAAGUUUUCAUAAGUAGACCUGGCAGUACAAUUAACGAUAAAGCUGUUUUGUAAACUCAAAGCAUGCCUUUUUAAAGAAUGGGAAUGACCUCACCUCCUCCAAUGGGAUAGAAAUUCAUCCCUCAAGGAAACAUGAUGGGAGGUUAACCAGGCAUGGACCAUUAAACUCAAUCAAUGUACUAUCAAUAAGCUGUAAAUGGACUUCACUAUCAAGCUAAUAGCUUGUAUAUGCCUUAACCAUCACAUUCAGCACCGAAUAACUUUAUGCCUCAGCUUCACUCUCCUUCUCCUCAUUAGCAAAACUUCAUAUUGCAAUAGCAAAAGCAAUAGUAAGCUCAGUAUCCAUUCCAAUAGUAGUACGGUUUUCCUCAGCAAACAUUCGACCCUAAUCAGCUUAAUUAGUUGUACGGUAAUGGAGGUGCUGGAGGGUUAGGUCAUUUUACUGGCUAGUGA